GGUAAAGAGGGUUCUGGCCAGAUCGCGCCCAUGGCGAGCCUUUUUGUGGAGGCGGCUCUGGUGUCUGUCUAUGCCAACGUGGAAGCAUUGCUCAUUUGCUGCGCGGGGGUUUAUGCCAUGCAUCGGCAAAUCGUAGCGCCCGAGGGCCUGCGAGUUUUGUCCAGGCUGGUGGUUGAGGUCCUUUUCCCUUGCAUCGCCUUUUCCAACUUCCGUGCCUACUCCUGGGAGCUGCUGGGAGAGUGGUACAUGGCUGGCGUCGGCAGUUUCUUGACAAUGGUGCUGGGAACACUUCUCGGGAAGUGUGGGGCCUUGCUUCUUCGCUUGGAGCCGCCCUACUCGAAGAUCUUCAUUCUUUGCACCACGUUUGGCAACGGCGGCGUGCUGCCUUUUGUGCUGGUGCCUCCCAUUGUUGUCAAUUGGAAGCCUGCGAUGAGCGACCCAGAAAGCCUUUACAAAGCCUACGGGGUAAUCUCCCUCUAUGCGCUAGUCUGGAACGUGGCACUGUUUGGCUUGGGCCGGCCUUAUGCCCUUUCGAUGAGAACCGAGAAGGUGGAGACUGAGAGUGAGGCGUCUCAGAACAGGCCUUGUGUGGUGCGGUUCCUCCAAAAGCUCCGCAAAAUGGAUUCCGUGGUGUGGGCAUCCAUCCUGGCCAUAGUUGUGGGCUGCAUCGCGCCUGUGCGGGACCUGCUCAGUGAGCGGGCGGGCGGCGUGCUGCGCUUCGUGGAGUCGUUCACCUACAAAUUAGGCUCUGCAGGGAUCCAGGUCUCCACACUGGUGCUGGGGGGCUCUUUGUACUUGGGUGGCGUGGCGCAGCUGGAGAAGCGCAGGGCCAGAGUAAAAACUUUGAGGGAUGCGCAGGAGCGCGAGGGCGCGUCGCCUCAGGCGGGUGUGGAAGCGGCGGUGAGCCAGAGUGAGGUUGGCGGAGAGGCGUGCUGCGGGCUUUCACCCAUGGUGCGGUUGGCAGUUGGAGCGACCUUAAUCAAACUGGCGCUGGUGCCUGCGAUCGCGAUCCCUUUGAUAGUCCUAGCUGUGAAGGCUGGAGCAACCGGACGAGACCAACCGAUGCUGUUUAUGGUUUUGAUGAUCCAGACGGGCGUGCCGUCUGCUCAGACCACUCUCGCUUUGCUGGUGUCAGCGGGCUUGCAGAAAGUGGCGGGGGAGAUGAGCAUCGUGUACCUGCCCAUGUAUGUCGCGUCCGUGGCGACGAUGGCCGCCAUCAUCAUGAUAGCUGUGACUUUCUUCGACACCUUCGACAUCGACGCGCCAGGCAUAGCCGGCGUGGACCUAUUAAAUGCCACCCUGUGAGCGAAGGCCGGGGAGCUGCGCUGCUCGCAAGGUCGAGUGGCGCGCAUGGCAGCCAACAAAAGCUGAGAAAGCCGCCGAGAGAA